AAAGUUUAGUAUUUCGGAUAUUCUACUGCAGUCUGCAGUCAUCGAUAACCUUUUCUUUAACCAAAACAAAUCUAACCUACAAGUACAUUCUAAUGAGAGAUUCAUAAGUUUUUGUUGAUGUUAAAUCAAAACAUCGAUUCUCUGUAUUAAGAGUAGUUAUUUUUCAUCUCAAUAAUAUUUAAUUACAGAAUAAUAAUAAUAAUUUUUUUUCUUGAUUUUAUGAUAUCUUGAUGCGAAAACUUUCCGCAUUAGAGAAUUCAUUAUGACGUCUAUUAUUAAAUUGCAUGCAAUUUCUGGAGCUUUAGAUGAAUCUCCGCCAUGUUACAUUCUACAAGUUGACGAACUGCGCAUAUUAUUGGAUUGUGGAUGGGAUGAAAAAUUUGAUCAAGAUUUUAUAAAAGAAUUAAAAAGGCACGUUAACCAAAUCGAUGCAGUACUUUUAUCUUAUCCUGAUCCAUUGCAUUUGGGAGCUUUGCCGUAUUUGGUUGGAAAAUGUGGUCUUAAUUGUCCCAUUUAUGCAACUAUCCCCGUUUACAAAAUGGGACAAAUGUUUAUGUACGACAUGUUCCAGUCCAGACAUAAUAUGGAAGAUUUUGAUUUGUUUACAUUGGAUGAUGUUGAUGCAGCAUUCGACAAAAUUGUGCAGCUUAAAUACAACCAGAGUAUUUCUAUGAAAGGAAAAGGUUAUGGUGUGACUUUGACACCACUUCCUGCAGGUCAUAUGAUCGGUGGUACUAUUUGGAAGAUAAUGAAAGUCGGAGAAGAAGAUAUAAUUUAUGCUGUUGAUUUUAAUCAUAAAAAAGAAAGACAUUUAAACGGUUGUGAAUUAGAUAGACUACAGAGGCCUUCUCUGCUGAUCACAGAUGCUUUUAAUGCCACUUAUCAACAAGCCAGAAGAAGAACCAGAGAUGAAAAAUUGAUGACAAAUAUUUUGCAGACUUUGCGAGGAGGUGGUAAUGUUUUGGUUGGCGUUGAUACUGCUGGUAGAGUUUUAGAACUUGCUCAUAUGUUGGAUCAACUCUGGAGAAAUAAAGACUCAGGCUUACUGGCAUAUUCACUAGCUCUUUUAAAUAAUGUUAGCUAUAAUGUUGUCGAGUUUGCUAAAUCUCAAAUCGAGUGGAUGAGCGAUAAAUUGAUGAGGAGUUUUGAGGGCGCGAGGAAUAAUCCUUUUCAAUUUAAACAUCUGCAAUUGUGUCAUAGCAUGGCAGAAUUAAGUCAAGUUCCUAAUCCAAAAGUAGUUCUAGCUAGCACACCUGAUAUGGAAUGCGGAUUUUCACGAGAACUCUUCCUUCAAUGGUGUUCAAAUCCGCAAAAUAGUAUUAUUAUAACUAAUAGAACAUCACCUGGAACAUUAGCAAGAGAUUUAGUGGAAAUGGGAGGAAAUAGAACUUUAUCACUUGAAAUAAAGAAACGUGUUAAAUUGGAAGGAGUUGAAUUAGAAGAACAUUUAAAAAAAGAAAAAAUUAAACAAGAACAACUCAAGCAAGAACAGAUGGAAACUGCAGACAUUAGUUCAGAAUCAGAGGACGAAAUAGAAGUUGGAGGUGGAAAAGGCAAACAUGAUUUACUAGUAAAAUUAGAAUCCAAACCUGGGUUUUUUAAACAAAGUAAAAAGCAGUAUCCGAUGUUUCCCUUCCAUGAAGAUAAAAUUAAAAGCGACGAGUAUGGAGAAAUUAUAAGAUCUGAAGAUUACAAAGUUGUUGAAAAGACUGAAACUGAAACGGAAGAUAAUAAAGAAAAUGUUGAAAUAAAAUCAGAAGAAGCUGUACAACAUCCAGAUUCUGGUACAGAUAUUCCAACUAAAUGUGUUUCAACAAUACGAAAUGUUGUCGUAAAUGCAUCAGUUACGUACAUUGAUUUUGAGGGAAGAUCUGAUGGCGAAUCGUUGCAAAAGAUUUUAGCUCAAUUAAAACCAAGAAGAGUAGUUUUAGUACGAGGCUCAGCCAGAGAUACUGAAAUUCUUGCUAAGCAAGCAGAAAAUGUAGGAGCAAGAGUUUUCACUCCUAAUAGGGGAGAAAUUAUUGACGCUACAACUGAAACUCAUAUUUAUCAGGUUCGACUGACUGACGCUUUGGUAAGCGGUUUGGUAUUUUCAAAAGCUAAAGGAGAAACAGAAGUAGCAUGGGUAGAUGCGAUGAUCACAGCACGAAAUCAGAUUUGUCAAGAUGCUGUUUCCAAUGGUGAAGUUAAUUCAGAGCAAAUUCUAACUUUAGAACCUUUGCCACUUAAUGAAGUACCUGGUCACCAAACGACAUUUAUAAAUGAAUUGAAGCUUGCUGACUUCCGACAAGUUCUAAACAAACAUAACAUUCCCUCAGAAAUAAGCGGUGGUGUUCUUUGGUGUUGUGGAAAUACGAUAGCACUUAGAAGGCAUGAAGCUGGUAAAGUUAUUUUAGAAGGAUGCCUUUGUGAUGAAUAUUACAAAGUAAGAGAAUUAUUAUAUGAGCAGUAUGCGAUUGUGUAAUAUAUUAGUAAGUUAUUAUAUUCUAAUUUGUAUGAAAUAAAUCUUUAAUAAUUACUUUAUUAAUAAACAA